AUGGCAACUAAUAUUACUGCAGGAGCUCCAAGUUAUCCAAUGGCCUCUUUAUACGUUGGUGAUCUUCAUCCAGACGUCACUGAAGCUAUGUUAUUCGAUAAAUUUGCAAGUGCAGGACCUGUACUUUCAAUUCGCGUUUGUCGCGAUAUGAUUACACGACGAUCACUUGGUUAUGCAUAUGUCAAUUUUCAACAACCAGCUGAUGCUGAACGUGCAUUAGAUACAAUGAAUUUUGAUUUACUUCGUGGUCGUCCAUUACGUAUUAUGUGGUCUCAACGUGAUCCCGCAUUACGUAAAUCAGGUGUUGGCAAUGUAUUUAUCAAAAAUUUGGAUAAAAAUAUUGAUAAUAAAUCUCUUUAUGAUACAUUCUCUGCAUUUGGCAAUAUACUUUCAUGCAAAAUUAUGACAGAUGAAAAUGGUCAAUCAAAAGGCUUUGGUUUUGUUCAUUUUGAAACACAAGAAGCAGCUGAUAAUGCUAUUAAUAAAGUUAAUGGUAUGUUACUUGCUGACAAGAAAGUUUAUGUCGGUCGAUUUAUAUCACGAAAUCAACGUAAUGAUGGUGGUGGUCAACGAAAAUUCACAAAUAUAUUUGUUAAAAAUUUCGGUGAUCAAUUAGACGAAGAAAAAUUACGCGAACUUUUUUCAAAACAUGGUAAAAUUACCAGUUGCAAGAUUGAAAAUGAUGAAAAUGGUAACUCAAAAGGUUUUGGUUUCUGCAGUUUUGAAAGUCCAGAAGAAGCUGAAGAAGCAGUUGAUAAAUUAAAUGGUUAUUCAAUAGGUGAUAAACAACUUUAUGUUGGUCGUUUUCAAAAGAAAAAUGAACGUCAAUCAGAAAUAAAACGUAAAAAAGAUUUACAACGUCAAGAACGAAUGAAUAAAUAUCAAGGUGUUAAUUUAUAUAUUAAAAAUUUGGAUGAUACAAUUGAUGAUGAACGAUUAAGAAAAGAAUUCUCGAAAUUUGGCACAAUUACUAGUGCUAGAAUUAUGUCUGAAAAUGGUCGUUCAAAAGGUUUCGGUUUCGUAUGUUUCAGUGCACCUGAUGAAGCAACAAAAGCUGUUACAGAAAUGAACGGUUCAAUUGUUGGAUCUAAACCACUCUAUGUCGCUUUAGCCCAACGAAAAGAAGAACGUCGUAUGCAUUUAACUAAUCAACAUAUGCAACGUAUUGCAACAUCACGUGUACCACCACAAAUGCAAUUACCAUUUCCAAAUGGUAUGGGCGGUAUGAUGUCCUAUUUACCAACACCAAUGGGUCCAUCACAACCACGUAACUUCUAUCCACCA